AUGGAAUUUUAUGAAAUAGUCAAAUCUAUCGGCUCUGGUUCAUUUGGUUAGGUAUACUUGGCUAGGAAUAAAAGAGAAGAUCGUCUUUAUGUAAUAAAGCGUAUCAAAAUCAGAGACAUGAAUCAGAAGGAUCGUGAAAAUACUGAAAAUGAAGUCAGGUUAUUAUAGAAAUUGAGACAUCCGAACAUUGUAGCCUACAAGGAUUCAUAUUUGGAUAGAGAACAAUAUUUAAAUAUUGUGAUGAUUCACUGUGAAGGUGGAGAUAUUUAUUAAAAGAUUCGAAACAAGAAAAGUUUCCCUGAAUCUCAAAUUUUGGAUUGGUUUGCAUAGAUGACAUUGGCCUUGUGUUAUUUGCAUGAGCAGAAAAUCUUACAUCGAGAUUUGAAGACUCAAAAUAUAUUUCUCAAAAAUGGCAGAGUUAGAUUGGGAGAUUUUGGAAUUGCGAAAGUGCUUGACUCAACUCGUGAUUUGGCUAACACUUGCAUAGGAACUCCCUAUUAUAUGAGUCCAGAGUUAUUUAAAUAUAAACCAUAUUCAUAUAAGAGUGAUGUAUGGGCACUUGGAUGUUGUCUCUAUGAAAUGUGCAAUCUGAGACACGCCUUUGAUGCGCAGUCAAUGAAUGGAUUGGCAUUGAAAAUAUUGAAAGGUUCCUAUUCAUCCAUAAGUCCAACCUACUCCAAGGCAUUGAGAGAUCUCAUCAACAAGAUGCUUAACACUAACCCUAAGGCUCGACCUACCAUCUAGGAAAUAGUUCACAAGCCAAUCAUCAAAUUAAGGAUUAUAUAUUACAUGCUUGAAGUUUUUAGUGAACCAUAAUCAGCUGAUUUAGAUGAUAUGUAUGUGGAUACAUUAUACGAAUAGGCUGAGUAGAUUGGAGUUCUACCUCUGAUUUAACAUUACCAGAAAUAAAUUGCAUAAGGAGCCACAAUUGCAGACAUUAAAAAUGAAUUAGAGAAGGGAGGACGAGCUGAAUAAAGAAUGCUCAUUUAAAUUUAAGAACAGGAAGCUCUUAAAUUAAAACAAUUGAAAAAGGAAUAAGUUGAGAAGAAGAAAUUAGAAGAGGAAAUCAAAAGGCUAGAACAAAAGAAAUAGCAAAAAGUGCCUAUUCAAAAUACUAAAUAAACUGAAACUAAUUCAAAUUCUAAAACUACAACAGAAAACAUAACCAAUAAAUCAGAAAAUACUUAAAAAACAGAUACUCAAUAAAGACCAGAUUAUCUUAGAGUAAAUUAGAGAAAAGUGUCUUUGGAAAGAGAUAAGAGACCAAAUGAGAUCAGAUAAAAAUAGAAAGAAAGAAGUUUGUCCCUUGAAAAAGAUAGACUGAGAGAUGAUAGUACUAUUAGUGCUAAGGAAAGAGUUAUUUAGAAGAAGUAGAGAAGAGAUGAAGAAAAAACUAUUCAAGAAGAAAAGGAGAGACAAUAAAUUUAUAAAGAAAGUUAUUAAAAUAGAAAAAUAGCCUAGGAACGGAAACAGGCAUAGUAUCGUUAAUCGAAGGAUAGUUCUUUGAAGGUUCAAGAAGAAUAUGAUGAUUCGGAAGACAGUGAUGGAGUUAUGGCCAUUCAGGAAAUUGAAAAUGAAGAAGAAUAUGAAGAAGAAGGGGAUGUUGAAUAAAGGCUUGAUUUGAUGAAAACAAAACUUAAAGAUAAGACUCUGAAAAUAUAAGAAAUCAGUCAGUCACUUUAAUAAAAUAGAUAAGUCCAAAAUAUGCAGAUCAAAGCAUUAGAAACUGGACAAGUCAUUCCAUUAGUUGAAGAAGAAUUGGAGAAUGAAGAUUUGGAAGAUGAUGAAUAAGGAGACUAUGAUGAAGUGGAUCAAGAUGAAACAAAACCAAUUAAUUCCAUAGUGGCUAGAAUAUAGGAUAGGAUUAAACUAUUAAGACAUAGAUGUGAAGGAGGAUUAGGCAAUAAUCUUGUCGAGAAGUCUUUGCAAUUGAUGAAAACUAAAUGUAUGAUUUAAAUUUUAUCACUUUAGAACUCUCUACUCAAGACUUAAGGAAACAACUCAUAUAGUUAUUAGGAGAAGAAAACAUUGGCUAUUGGUAGCUCUUUGAUUAAAUCUUAUAUAUGGAGGAACUUCUCACAAAAUAUUGAUUGA